AUGGCUGGGCUUUACGACCUACCUCUCAAGAUCUUGACAAUGAUCUUCCAAAUUCUACCUUUUUCAGCAAUUCUAUCAACUUGCCUCGUUUCUCGAUAUCUUCAUGCUGCUUCGCUACCCUUCCUUGUUUCUUCAUUCCACGUGGAGUGCAAGACAUUGCGGUUUCAGAGAAGAUUACAGUCAUUCCUGGAAACUAUCAUCAGAAAUAAUGCCGGGCAAUACGUGAAGUCAGUCUCUUUUGACAGAAUUGAGGAAAUUCUGCCUCGGGAGUUUAUAUAUCUACAUAAAUUCCUGCCCCAGCUAUCACCACAGCUACCCAAUAUACGGCAGCUUGCAAUUUCUGGGGAUUUCUAUUUCUUGUCCAUGCUGAGUGAUUUCCCAUUCCAACAUCUAGAAGAGCUUCACUGUGUAGAGAGUGGACCUGCAAUAUGGCGAAUUAUCCAUCUUCUUCCGCGGCUAUCUCUGUUGUCAUUAAGAAAACAUUAUUGCAAUACACUGCAGUUACCUGCAACCAAUCUUCCGAUCAAACGAAUUUUGCUGGACGAAUGCAAUCUUGAUACAGAAUCUUUAUGCAUGAUAAUCAGAAGCUGCAAGUAUCUAGUGAGCUUGCAGUAUCAUCAUCCUCUAUCAUGUCCAAUCUUUGGGACAUCUAUCCCUCUCAACUCACGAAACAUACAUACGGCACUUCUUAUUCACAAGCAAAGCCUGAAGGAACUUAUUGUUGAAGACUGUGAGAAUAAUGUUGCUCAAAAUGAGACUCCUAAGUAUGGAUCCUUCGAAGACUUUCCCGCUCUCAACAAACUAGGAGUUGAGUGCAAUGCCCUUGAUACACAACUUCCUUUACCCCCAUCAGUGCGUUCAGUAGUCAUCAGACGUUGUGAUUCUGCCAUAGCACCAGAUAUAAUAUCCUAUUUAGGCAGGCAUCCAACAGUGGAACUAAUCCAGUUCAACUACAUGGAUGGGGGCAUCGGUCGUUUUAUUCAACACCAACAGGAUCUGGGAAUAAUACGGAAGGACAUCCAGGUUGAACCUGUCAAUCACGACCGGACUCCUUCCGAAUACGUGUAUCAUACGCGAAGGCGAUCUUGGCAGUCACGGAAUAUCAGCUCGGACUGA